GGUGCUGAGUGCAGAGGAACUAGGCGUUGUCUUUGGCCGGGUUCCGCCUUAAAUUCAGCGCGGGUUCCAGCCGCCUGUGUCUGUCUUGUGGUUUGUGAGUCGGAUUCGGGACACGGGCAGUGUUACCAGCAGAAUGCCUAACUUUGGAGGAGGAAACAUGUGUGGCGUCUGCGAAAAGACUGUCUACUUUGCUGAGGAGGUGCAGUGUGAUGGGAAGUACUUCCACAAGUCGUGUUUCCGAUGUAUGGCCUGUAAAAAGAACCUUGACAGCACCACACUCACCGUGCAUGUAAAUGAAAUCUACUGCAAAUCAUGCUACGGCAAGAAGUAUGGUCCCAAAGGUUAUGGCUAUGGCCAAGGUGCAGGUACUCUGCAGAUGGACACUGGAGCGAAAUUGGGAAUAAAGCCUGUGCAACCUCCACCUCAUUGCCCAACAACCAAUGUCAAUGAAUCCAAGUUUGCUCAGAAAUUUGGCAGUUCGGAAAAGUGCCCCAGGUGUGAAAAAUCCGUUUAUGCUGCUGAGAAAAUUAUUGGAGCUGGCAAGGCCUGGCACAAGGCUUGUUUCCGCUGUGCUAAAUGUGGUAAAAGCCUGGAGUCCACAACUUUGGCUGAUAAGGAUGGGGAAAUCUAUUGCAAAGCUUGUUACGGUAAGAACUAUGGACCUAAAGGAUUCGGCUAUGGCCAAGGAGCUGGUGCACUCCCGAACACACAGUGAAGAGCGUUGUAUGUUGAAUCCAAUGGAAGCCAUGCACAUGUGUGGAGACCUUAACUACAAUGUAUUUGCUGGUUGUUCUUGUAGUAAUAGCUGUGGUAGUUCAAAUUAUAACACUGUGUAUAUAAACAAUAGGAUGUCUUCUAGCAUUGCUUGGCACACCUUGCAUGUACCAUGUUUUUAAAGUGAAAUUUCUUCCCCCAACUGAACAGCUUUACAAUUAAAUAUACUAACAUGAAAACCAGAAUGAAUGAUGACUGGUCAAGUCUAAAAUCUAAUUUUAGUGCAUUAUAUAUUUGCUUGGGAUUAAUUACACACUUGGGAUUAGAAUGAAUUUGGCAGCCAAAGUCUACAGUCCUCUGCACUUCAAUAUUUAUACGUUUUAUUUAGCACUCUUUCACAAAAUUACUUUUAUAGAGUAAAAUAUGUUUUCUCUUAUACUGCAUGUAAUUGUAGAGAUUUAAAAAGCUGCUGUGUAGAUAAACUGUCCAGAUCCUCUUGGAGCUUUUCUUGCCUACACAGCGAGGUUUAAUUUGAUUUGGAUGUGAUCAUGCUAAUCUAAUUUAAUAGCUGUAGCCAAUGCAGAGAUUGAGCCUGUGAUCUCUUAAGUAAUAUCAAAGUAUCACAUGAUAAAAUGGGUGACUGAGCACUGAGGUUUAUUCAUAUUUAGUCUGCUGCAGUGAACUUUACUUUGUGGCCACUUUAAAAUCUGUGAUUGAAAUAAAUAACCAGAUGCUCUUUGUUUCCAGAUACUCAAUGACUCAAGCUUGUACUAAAAGCAUAACUAACAUAUGAACAUGUUCAUUACUAUGCUCUUGCUUUCCGAGUAAUCACUAGGUUUUAAACAAAACGGAUAAUGAUGCAUGGAGUCAAAUUUUUGUGGUUCAUUCUGUCAGUAAAUUGAUGUAAAUCUCUCCCCAAAUAAAUGUUCUUCUUGGAGGCCAACAA